AUGGAGAAGUUGAACAACAAAGAGAAGCAGCUGUUGCCCAGCCGAACUGUGUUUCAUGGCAUUGUGCCCGGCCUGUCCUACUCACCAAUCGGCAAGAUCAAGAUAUAUGUCAUCUUUGGAGACAGGGAUCACUUCCGCCGUGAAGCAAUUUGGUUUGAGGUGGUUGACCUGGAGAGUCCUUACCAUGUGCUCCUAGGCCGGCCCGCUCUAGCCAAGUUUAUGGUGGUGCCUCAUUAUGCCUACCUCAAGAUGAAGAUUCCAGGAACCAAGGGCAUUAUCACGAUCAAUGGAGACUAUGAGAAGUCAUCCGCCUGUGCUGCAGCCAGCAGCCGGCUGGCCGAGUCCCUUGUGAUUGCUGCUGAGUAG